CAAAUGAUACAUGUUGUCUUUGUGUGCACAGUUGUGGAUACCCCUCAACCCCUGCACAUUAGCCUCUAAACAGUAGCCUCUGCACAUUAGCCUCUACACACAGUAGCCUCUGCACACAGUAGCCUCUACACAUUAGCCUGAGACAUUACAUUUCGCAGCAGAGAAAUCACACAGUCGCCUUCUCCUCUCUAAUGGAUCUGCCCAAUACCUUUCUACUUCUAAUUGUGGUCAGUGCCAUUGACCUGUGCCUCUCUCAGGAACUGACUGAGGAUGGUGCCAAGCCUGGAGAUUGUUCAUCGGUGAACAGCAAGUUCUACUCAAAUCAGCCUUGUCAGAAAGACAGUGAUUGUCCCGGCAGUCUCAAAUGUUGUGAGGAUCCAAGUGGGAUGAAAUGCUUUAUCCCAAACUUCAGAAGUCCCUGUCAGGGAGAUUUUGACUGUCCGGAGACACUAAAAUGCUCAAAUGGAGACUGUAUAAGCGACAUUAAAUACGUCAACUUGCCCACAACUGCUGGACCCCCUGUUGCCACAGUGAACCUUGAUCAACAACCAGAUCAGUAAUAACCGAGUGAGUGAUCGCGACAUGAAAGAAGACACCACUUAAUAAUAUGAGCCCUAUCCUCGUGGACCAAACCAGCCUUAUGUAGUUGAAUAUAAAACAGAUAAAUAAAAACUAAUAAAA